GGGGUGGCUGUAUGGGAGAGCACCUGCCUCACACACCCAAGGCCGCAGAGCCUGUCCCCGGCACAUGGCGCCUCCUAACGUAUCUGUCGCCUUCGCAGGCCACGUCCUCAUCGAGAUUGCCAGCACCCACAAGAAGCUCAACGAGAGCCUCGAAGAGAACUUCCGAAAGUUCCAUAAGGAGAUCAUCCAUGAGCUGGAGAAGAAGACGGAGCUGGAUGUGAAGUACAUGAACGCCACGCUCAAGCGAUACCAAACAGAACACAAGAGCAAGUUGGAUUCCCUGGAGAAGUCCCAGGCCGAGCUGAAGAAGAUACGGAGGAAAAGUCAAGGGGGCCGCAAUGCCCUAAAAUAUGAGCACAAAGAAAUUGAG